AUGAAGAACAAGCUGUGGUACCUCGAGUUCGCCACCUCCGAGACCAUCUUCGCCACCUGCAAGAAGCUCAAGGAGUGCCUGAGCGUGGAGUGCUGCGGGACCCCCCUGGACCUGAGCGGGGCCCUGGCGGGGCUGGCGGUGCUGAACAUCCCCAGCAUGCACGGAGGCUCCAACCUCUGGGGCGAGACCAAGGCCGUGGGGCCCCCUGGGCCCGUGGGUGGCCCCGUGUCCGUGGGGAGCUGUGUCUGCGGGGACCCCCGUGGCCAUGGGCGGCCCCGUGUCCGUGGGGAGCCGUGGCCACGGGCCCCCCGUGUCCGUGGGGCGCCCCACGGCGCCGGCCCAGGCGGUGCCCGCUCCCCCAGGCUGCUGGACGUGAUCCACACGGAGAACAAGCUCUACCUGGUCUUCGAGUUCCUGCACCAGGACCUGAAGAAGUUCAUGGACUCGUCCUCCCUCAGCGGCAUCGCCCUGCCCCUCAUCAAGAGCUACCUGUUCCAGCUGCUGCAGGGCCUGGCCUUCUGCCACGCGCACCGCGUGCUGCACCGCGACCUCAAGCCCCAGAACCUGCUCAUCAACGCCGACGGCGCCAUCAAACUGGCCGACUUCGGCCUGGCCCGCGCCUUCGGGGUGCCCGUGCGCACCUACACCCACGAGGGCAUCUCCUGCGGCAGUGCCGGCCCCGGACCCCCGGCCGCGGGCGUCGGGCUGGGCUGGAUCCCUCGAGUCUGCGUGGGACUUGCUAUUUGUGCCAGGCGCCUGCAGCGAGAGGCGGCUCGGCGCCGGAGCGGAGCCUGGAUCCCUCCUGGGAGGACGGGAAGCUUUGCCGGGGUGGCCACAGGGCAUCUCCUGCGGCAGUGCCGGCCCCGGACCCCCGGCCGCGGGCGUCGGGCUGGGCUGGAUCCCUCGAGUCUGCGUGGGACUUGCUAUUUGUGCCAGGCACCUGCAGCGAGAGGCGGCUCGGCGCCGGAGCGGAGCCUGGAUCCCUCCUGGGAGGACGGGAAGCUUUGCCGGGGUGGCCUUGAGCGCGCGUCGGUGCUAUCGCGGGUGUGA